UCGUGAAGAUUUAGAAUUCUGAACGUGUGAGGCUUCAUCCUUCACCUUGUCUGAGCCUUGACACGGGUCAUUUGUUACUUGGAAAGUUAAAGUCAUGUUUCGGUAACACAGCUGUAAGUGACGUAGAUAUCGUCUGCUUGAACUGCUUUGAAUUAACAAUUGAUCAGCUAUUCAGUGUGGCAACAAAGAUGGAUGCGAAUCAGUUACUGAUGUUAUUACAAUUAACAGAUAGUGCUUUUCCUACUGGUGGAUUUGUUCAUAGCUUAGGGCUUGAAUCUUUUGUGCAAUACUUUGGAAAUAAACAGGUCAAAAAAGCAGACGACAAAAGAUUAAAUGACGCAUUGAUAAGCAUUCUUGAGAAUUCAGCCUCAUUCAAUCUUCCAUUGAUCAAGUCAGCGUAUAUCACAGCCUCUAGACUUGUUCAACUACAUAGGAGACCAAGUAUUGACAAUACAAAUGUAAGAUCUUGCAAGGAUAUGGUGAUAGGUCUGGAACAGACAAAUAUUGAUAAAGAAUCAAUACAGGUGAACCUAAUAAAGACCUAUGAUCUAACAGAUGAGCUUGUACAUAUGGACAAGCUGUGUGAGGCGAUGUCUACUAGUCAUACGGUACGGCGAGCCAGCAGUCGACAGGGGAAGGCUUUUCGAGAAGUAUCCUUAAUGUUAUACCCAGAUAUGGACCUAGCAAUACUGUCUGCACUAAAGGACUUACCACAUUGUCACUAUCCUGUAAUCUAUGGAGCUGUUUUCGCUGGACUAGGCCAAGACCUGGACACAACUCUGACGUCAUUUAUGUUUGGUAUAACUCGUUCAUUAAUCACAACUCUAGUCAAACUAGAUGUCGUGGGUACUUUGGAGGGCCAACGCAUACAGCUCAAUUUACAAAACGCCAUCCCAGAUAUUGUCGAAAGAAACAAGUGCAAAGUCCUGACACAUGCGUGCCUGAGGUUUCCAUUGGUCGACAUUUUACAGAAUCUACAAGAUACUUUUUUUACGAAACUUUUUUAUUCCUAACAUUUUUAAUGCAAUGAAAUAAACACGUUUUAAAUUAUUUUUAAACACAA